CGGGAGCCGGCCGGCGCUCAGACCUGAGAGGUGCGCGCGCGCCCCUGUCGUCGCUGGUAGAGUUGGGUCCCGCCGCCCCGGUCCGGCCCGUCCCCGCCGCGCGUGCAGCUCGCGUGCCGCCGCCCCGAGGUGUUCGGGGUGGGGGACCGAGACCCCCGGGCUCCUGCGGCACGGUGGCCGGCGGCCGCUGGCGGAGAUGCCUGGGAAGAGGACGCGUAAGAGUGCGCAGCCGAGCCCCGCGCGGGCCCCGGCAGAGCCCGAAGUGGAAUGUGCCAUGCAGCUCCGGAGAUUUGGAGACAAACUGAAUUUCCGACAGAAGCUUAUGAAUCUGAUAUCCAAACUCUUCCGCUCGGGAACCUGACUGCUUUGGGAGCUUUCGAAUGAGGAGAUGGCUUUGAGACGGAAGGUUCCCCAGUAGAUGCAAAUUUCAUCAGUUAGAAGAGACUGCCUUGUAAUGGAGGUUGUGAGGGAGAUCUCACUUGCUUUUGGAUGCCCUUGGAAACCAGGAUGGGAUACAUCCAAGAGGAUUUCUGUCGGGGAUUUCCCAGAAGUCAUUUUUCUGGGGCUCGGGAGAAUGUUAUAAGACCACUUUGUUUAUUUGUAAGGCAAGAAUGGAGGAACUGUGCAACAUAAGGAAUGAAUUACUUAUACCUUGAGUUUUUACUUCGAAAAUUAUUCUGGCACAUGGCUGAUCACCGCCUCCUGGGUUCCAGCUCUGGGGCAGGAGUGGAAAACACGGGGACGUUUAGCAUGACUUCUGCUGUCAAGGGACUUAUGGUUUAACUGGCAGAGGAGAUAGCGGAAAAAGAAGAUAUUCGUGCCAGGCGUGGGUCUCGAGUGCCCUCGCAGUACUGCCUGGAGAGUGAUUUACUUAAAGGAGUCUUCAGAGAUGUGGGACCUCAUUAGAGACCCGGGGAGCCCUCCUUGGCCGCCCUGGGGCCUCUGCCUUGGCAGUUUCCUUUUAGAUGGCCUAACGCUUCACCCUUCCUCCGCCCCCACCCUGAGCAGCAAGUAUUGCUUCAUCCGAAGCCAGUCGUGUGCAGAAGUAGGUGUCACUCGAGUGCCCUUCCAGUGUGAGUGAGAGCUCCAAAGAUCCUCCUAAUUUGUAGCUUCGAACUGGAUGGCGUCUUCCUGCUGAAAGUGUGGAAUGUGUAUGGCCUCCCUGUGCUGGGGAGGGAGAGAGGAGGGGCUUCAGGAGGAGGGUGACCACGGGAGAGGGAGAGGGUGACAGCCAGCUGGGGACCUGGGAGGGGGGGAUGAAGGGCUGCCCCGGGGCAUCUCAGGAGCAGGGCUUGGGGGCAGGGGGGAGAUUGGCAAUGUAAAGGGUGGGGGAUCUGCAGGAUUUGGUUUGAGCCUCUCUGGAAGAGUGACUCCUGUCCCUUUGCCUCUUUGGAGAGCCAGAAUCGAACCCUUGGUGUUAAUUAGGUUUGCUAUGAGCGGCCUUGCCCCUCUUUUAUACAGGGAGUAGCAGGAAAGCCUUGAACAGUUCACAAUCUUCGGGCUUGAGAACUAUGUAUGUUCUGAGAACUCUUUUUUUUAAAAAUUUUUAAAAUGUUGUAUUCAUUUUCUGAGAGAGACAGAGCAUGAGCGGGGGAGGGGCAGAGAGAGGGAGACACAGAUUCCAGGCCCUGAGCUGGGACGCGGGGCACGAACUCAACGAACCAUGAAAUCGUGACCUGAGCUGAAGUUGGAUACUUAACUAACUGAGCCAUCCAGGUGCCCUGAAAGCAAGUAUAAGUGAAGCCUUCCCAGGCUUCACGUCUUGGAUUAAAGCAAUAGCGAAUCACAUUAGCAGAGCGCAGCCCCUCACCCUUUAAACUGUGGCAAAACUGAUGGACCUUUGCGGGGGGGAAAAAAUCAGAAAUGCAAUAAUACCAGAAUUAAGAAGCUGUGACCAUCACUGAGGGAGCUGAAGAAGAUCGAAUCCCACAGAAACUUCAUUCUGAAUCCUAAAUAUACUAAACCGCUGAAAAAUUAGUGCCUCUGGGACACCUGGGUGGCUCAGCCAGGCUCUCUCACUAAUGACCUCUCACGGAGCUAGGAGAUUUGCCCAUUUCCAACUUCACAUCUAUUUUUAAAACCACAAACUUUCUUUCGCCACAAUUGUCACUGGCUUUGGACUUUGAAAUCAGCUACGGUGUUGCCACUUACUCUUUGCAGGACUCUGGAUAAGUGGCUUCGGCUCCGUUUUCUUAUAAAACAGUGUAAGAUAUACCGGUUUCAAAACUUCUGGGGAAUCAAACAAGGGGAGAGGGCCCGCCUCAGAGAAUCAGCAGUCUCCCCGAAGUCGAUUGAUUGAUUGGCAAGUGGCUGGAACACUCAUGGGAUUCGAACUCGAGCCUUUCUAACCUCCAAACAGUCUUCCCUGGCCACCACAGUCCAGCCGGCUUCCCACAGGGGCCCGGGGAAGGGCCCCGUCCCAGAGCAAAGCUAGUUUGUUUUCCGCUCCGGUGCCUCAUUAGAUGCAGCCAGGUUUUAUGCCCCUGGGUUUUCUAAGGGUGCAGGGUUGAUUAUUAAACCAGCUGAUAUGUGAAAAAUACUGAUAAGGUCAGUGCCAGCUCCCCCCCCCCGCCCCCCCCCCAGCACAGAGCUGCAGCUGGGCGCUCCUAGGUGAUUUCCAACCCCCAGUGAUGAAAACGUGACCUCAGAAAGGGUGUCACGUUAUUCCAAGAAGCCAGAGGGAACCUGGAGGCAAGGAAGGUGUUGGGGCAUCUCACCCCUCCGGAGGGAUGUUGUAGGGAAUGAACAUGGAACUAAUUCUGAAAGGCACACUCCCUGCCGGCUUGCUUUUUACCGGUGAAUGCCAAAACAGCACCUUCCUGAGACAGACCUGCAGGAGCUGUUUGUGAUGGGAAAGAAAAGGGUUCAAAGAAGCCAGUCAAAACAGCAAUUUGUGUGUUUUGUCGGAUUGGGCUGCCCUAUUUCAGCAAAGCCAAGCAGCGGCGAGGAAGGAAGAAGAAAAUGUUGCCACCAUUUUUUUUUUUUUUUAAACCCAAACAAUAGAGAACAUCUAAGUGAACCAGUCUGCCUUCUUGAUGAUUCAUUCAGACAAGUGUCGGAGGAGGAGGAGGGGCAGGGAGCGUUGGGUGGUUGUGGCGAUUGUGAAAUCCUUUUGUUUUUCGAAGUUUACUUUUUAGUAAGAGAUUCCCAGAUCCUCUGUCUGGAGGGCACGCACGCGUUUAUCAGAAAGCAGAGAGCAAAAACAUCUUACUUUGCCCAUCUAAAAAAAAAAAAAAAAAAAGACCCAACGCCGUAUGGCACCUGCAAAUAAAAUGAUAAAAAUACUCCUUUCCUCUUCUUGAAACUUUUAUUGGUGUUGCAUUAAAAAGAACAGGUUUCUGAGAGUUAGGACUAAACUUUUAUUUAAGUUUCAUAAUAUAAAUAUAGAAGAACAUAAGGAAGUCAGGCUAACACUUCACAGAGGACCCAUGGGAGCCCUGGGAAAGUGCCAGCCAGGAUGAUAAAUCUGGACUUUUCUUCCAGACUUGAAAUUAACAGACAGGAGGAAGAAGGGCAUUAAGGCUGCCUACGUGUGCCACUUCCAACCCACACUUUUUCAAGCAUCAGCUGGGAAAUGAAGAAGUGUGCAUUUCUACAUGUCUUGGAACAAAGUCUGGUGUAAUUUUCAACCCAAGUCAUCUUAUAGAUACAUAGGAAUUCUCUUCAUAAUGAAUAUUGCUAAUAGGACAUAGAUAUUAGCCCUUCCAUUAUGCAUUUUACUGUCUCAUCCUUAAAGACUAGGGAAAGUUUCCUAGCCCUGGUUUACCUGGACCAGUCCUGGUUUUAAAACUGAAAGUCUCGGGGCACCUGGGUGGCUCAGUCGGUUGAGCGUCCAACUUCGGCUCAGGUCGUGAUCUUAUAGUCUGUGAGUUCGAGCCCCGCGUCGGGCUCUGUGCUGACAGCUCGGAGCCUGGAGCCUGCUUCAGAUUCUGUGCCUCCCUCUCUCUCUGCCCCAACCCACUCGCGUCCUGUCUCUCUCUCAAAAAUAAAUAAACAUUAUAA